UCGGUUUGAUCGAUUUUAUCUUUGACACUGACAGCGCAAACGUCAGAGCGACAGGCUUCGAGCAAGCGAGAAGCAGGCCGUGUCGUUCUCUACUUCCGUGGUACUGUUACUGGUCUGUCACCAAAAUGACUAAGAAGAGGCGUAAUGGAGGACGGUGCAAGCACAACCGCGGCCAUGUGAAAGCCGUCCGCUGCACCAACUGCGCUCGCUGCGUGCCGAAGGAUAAGGCAAUCAAGAAGUUCGUCAUCCGCAACAUUGUGGAGGCUGCUGCAGUCCGAGAUAUCUCCGACGCCUCGGUGUACAGCUCAUAUGUACUGCCGAAACUGUAUGCUAAGCUGCACUACUGCGUGUCAUGCGCCAUCCACUCGAAGGUUGUCCGUAACCGUUCGAAGGAGGCUCGUCGCAUCCGUACGCCACCACAGCGAUCGUUCCCGAAGGACAUGAACCGGCAGCAGAACGCUCAGCGAAAGUAAGCGCUGCUCUGUUGGGUUGAUAUGCCUGGCUGAUCGUCCCGUCCGCCUUACAUCAACAGUGAUAGGAAAAGCGAUCAGCUGCGCGUUGUUCGAUCAGGAUGGGAUUUCCGACCGGCGUCGGAAACGUUCGCUUCUUGUGAAGCAACAGUGUAUUUUGCAUUCAAGUUUCGUGUUUCUAGCAUUAUUGUAAGAGGGAACAGAAUGUGGAGAAUGAAAGAUUCGAGUGAAAUAUAAAGGCCACCAUGCUGAAAGGAAUUCCAUCUAAUCGAAAUGAAA